CCACGCGGGAGUCUUCCCACUCCCCGCGCUCGCGUCCCGGAUCCCUCCCACCACCGGGCGGGCUGAGAUAACAUUUCCCGCCAGGUCCGCUGGCGGGCGCUGAUUGGCCCCGGGGCGGCGGGGCUCGCGCUGAUUGGCCCCAGGGCGGCGGGGCUCGGCCAGCACGCCGUGGCUAAAAGCCCUGGAGGCGCGAGCCGCGGAGGCUUCCUGCGGGGCGGCUUGGAGCGUUCUUGGAUCCGUGAACUUCCGGAGACACUAUGAGCUGCAUUAACCUGCCCACCGUGCUGCCCGGAUCCCCCAGCAAGACCCGGGGACAGAUCCAGGUGAUUCUCGGGCCGAUGUUCUCUGGAAAAAGUACGGAGCUGAUGAGGCGUGUUCGUCGCUUCCAGAUCGCUCAGUACAAGUGCCUGGUGAUCAAGUAUGCCAAGGACACUCGCUACAGCAGCAGCUUCUGCACACAUGACCGGAACACCAUGGAGGCGCUGCCUGCCUGCCUGCUCCGAGAUGUGACCCAGGAGGCCCUGGGAGUGGCUGUCAUAGGCAUUGACGAGGGGCAGUUUUUCCCUGACAUCGUGGAGUUCUGUGAGGCCAUGGCCAACGCUGGGAAGACGGUCAUUGUGGCUGCACUGGACGGGACCUUCCAGAGGAAGGCAUUCGGGACCAUCCUGAACCUGGUGCCACUGGCUGAGAGCGUGGUGAAGCUGACCGCAGUAUGCAUGGAGUGCUUCCGGGAAGCCGCCUACACCAAGAGGCUUGGCACGGAGAAGGAGGUUGAAGUGAUUGGAGGAGCAGACAAGUAUCACUCUGUGUGUCGCCUCUGCUACUUCAAGAAGGCCUCAGGCCAGGCUGCCGGGCUGGACAACAAAGAGAACUGCCCCGUGCCAGGAAAGCCAGGAGAGGCCACAGCUGCCAGGAAGCUCUUUACCCCGCAGCAGAUUCUGCAAUGUAGCUUCACCAACUGAGAGGCCUGGAAGGGCUGCCCACUCUCUUCCAGCCACUGCCGCCUAGUGGACACUGCUCUCCAUGCUGCCUGGCCGCCCCAGGAGGGUGACCACACCUCGCUCGGCCUUUGGGAAGUCGCCUUUGUGCGGCUGCCCCACCUGCCGCGUGCUCUCUCCUCUCCUGCCCACCGGCCUGCUUAGCUUCCCUCUCUGCUGCUGGGACGGUUGCCCAGGCUGGAGCUGGCCCUGCCUGGUGACCUGGGAUCUGGCACACUCCCCCUGCUUGGGGUGAGGGACAGCCACACGCUGUUGACAUCAGCCUGCUUCUUCCCCUCUGUGGCUUGCACUGCUGAGUUUCUGUUCUCCCUGGGAAGCUUCCGCUAGCAUCUUUAAGCCUUGGGCCAUAGAGGUUUAGGCCCCUCUGCCUGGGAUGGGCCCCUGCCCUCCCUGAGGAUGGCCUGGACUCAUGCCCUCUUGCUUCCUUUUGGGCUCAAAGCCCUUCCUACCUCUGGUGAUGGUUUCCACAGGAACGACAGCAUCUUUCACAUGGGUGGCACCAGCCUCGCUGGGACUUGGAUCAUAGGUGCUUGUCUCUUCGUGGGGAGAGGGCAGGGUCAACGUCUCCGCUGUUGUGUAUGAAAUUAAUUAAUUUAAAAUUCA